CACACACAGAAUUCGCAUUAAAUUGGAUUAUUACACAGAAAAGGAUUGUACUAUCAGAAUAAAUAAACAUUAUUUUCCUCUAAUUUUAUUUUUCAAAAUUGUUUAAAUCAGUGUCAAUUGUCAAUAUUUAUCCAUAAUGGCGUCUUCUAGUAGUAGUAGUACAACAAUACCAGGAUUGGCAUUUUAUGAUUCAUUGAUCAAUAAUAAUAUUACAGAAUCCAAACGAUUAGUUGAAAUACAUAAAAUUGACAUAAACGCCAGAUUAAGUCAUGUACGUAAAAGAAAUCAUACAGAUUUAUGCCCAGUACAUUUAGUUGCUUAUAAAGGAAAUUUAGCUAUGUUACAUUAUCUAAUACAAAAUGGAGUCAAUGUACACCAGCCUACUUGUACAUUACAACGUCGUCCUGUACAUUAUGCUGCUCUACGUCAACAAGUUUCAUGUCUUCAAAUGUUGUUAAAUGCUGGAGCACAAAUUGAUGCACGUGAUACAUUUGGCAAUACUCCAUUGCAUUAUGCAGCUGAAGAUGGAGAUGGUGGAUUGCUUAGUCUUCUGUUGAACAAUGGUGCUUGUGUAGAUGCUCAGGAUAUCACUAAUAAAACACCAUUAAUGAAAGCUGCACGUAGUGGUAAAGUUUGGGCUGUUCGACGACUUCUGCUAUUCGGUGCUAAUGUGAAUGUAAAAGAUCGUAAUGAUGAAACAGCAUUGCAUUUUGCUUGUCGACAAGGAUCCACAGAAAUUACUAGAAUGUUAAUUAAAGCUGAAUCACGUUUAAAUGCACAAAAUCAAAUUGGUCUUACACCAUUAAUGGAAUCUGUAUCAUAUAAUAAACGUGAAGCUGUUAGUUUAUUAAUUAAACAAAAAGAUAUUGAUUUGUAUAAAAGAGAUUUUUGCACUGGUGAUACAGCAUUACAUAUUGCUGUAAAAAAAAAUUAUAUCCAUAUUGUAGAAAUAUUAUUAAGAGCAGGUAAUUGGUAUAUUGAAUAUAAUUAUAAUAAUUUAGGUGAAUCAUUUGUACACGAUGUAGUUGCAUAUAAUCGAUUAGAAUUAUUACGUUUAUUUCUAGCAUAUAAUUAUGAUUUAGACAGACCAGCUAAACGUCUUCCACCAAAUAUACAUUUACUCUCAUCAACAUCAACUUCAUCGUCAGCAUCCACAUCAUCAUCGUCAACAGCAUCAACAUCCACAUCAACAUCAUCAAAUUAUUUAAAUUUAUCCAAAUCUACACAUACUACUAAUAUGACCAAUAAUACAACAAUAAUUUCAUCUGAUGCGAAUAAUCGAACAUGUCUGAAAAAUCCAUUUGAAAAAUCACCAUUUAAAAUGGCAUUAGAACGUGGACAUCUUGAUAUGGCAAGAAUUUUAGCAGAAGUUGGUUGUUUUUGUACUAGUUUACCAAUGAAUUCCACUAGCAGUAGUAGUGGUAGUAGUAGUAGUAGUAUACCAUCGGUAUGUGCAAGCACCUCAUCCACACCUACACCAACAUCGUCCACAUCCACACCUACACCGACAUCAUCGUCAACUAACACAAAUUCUACAGAAAUCAAUUCAAUUAUUAGAAAUUCACAUUUAAUUCAUCAAAAUUUAUUAACACGACGUUAUAAUGGUUUAUUAGAAGUCAAAUCAUUACAAAAAUGGUGUCGUAAAGUGAUUAGACAAUAUUUAGGUUUUCGUCUUAUUGAAGCACUGCCAUUAUUACCGAUUCCUGUACCAUUGAAAGAUUUUUUAUUACUACGAGAUAUUGAUUGGUCCAUUUAUCUAAAUCAUCAUCAUCAUCAUGCUCAUCAGCAGCAACAGCAGGAUAGUAAUAAUCGUAGUUCUAUUAUUAAUUCAGGAGAAUUAGCUAUUAUUGUACCGAUUUAAAUUUCCCUCCAACACGUUUUUUUUUAAAAUUUAAACAAACCAACCCGCCAAAACACAACACACAAGACAAAAACCAUUGAUUUUCAAAUGUUUUCCAUUUUUACUCAGUCUUAGAAAAUUUAUAGAUUAAUUUAUGAUGAAAAGAGUGAAGAACAUUGUUCAAUUAUAGGUUGAUACACAUUGAAUAUAGAAGAAUAAAUUUUAAUUUAACAAUAUUCUAGGA